AUGGCUUCCGCGGCCAGCUCGUGCGCGAGCCUUCCGCUUGAACAACUCGCUCUUUACCAUGCUGUCGACCCGAUCCUGUCCUCUAUAUUUGUCUUCCAUGGCUCAGCAACCACGGCCAACUCGACCCUCAGCAGCUCGCGCAUCCAGGCCCAUAUAUUCGCUCCGGGUGGGCUGCAAAGCUAUCCCCGCAUCACGGUAUCGCCGGCUGCUCCUUUAUAUGCCGCCGUGAACUACCUACCACGCGAACGACAAGGGGAAGAAGUCUAUCGGGGGCUGGCUGUGUGUUUGUUUAAAUACUUUUCAGAAAUUCCGGAGUCAGUGAAGAGCGAGCUGGUUGCGAUCGCGCGCUCGGGGAGACCAAGCUCCAAACCAUUACAAUUCUUUGACGAGCUGCAUGCAGCUGACCUGGCGGACAAGAUGGAAAAAGUGGAGAAUUCGGCAGCUGUGGUUCGUGAUCUAAAGGAUGCGUUUGCGGAUAGAGUUGUUCCAUGGAUCGACAUAGAUCUAGUUGUCCCGGCGGGUUCGAUAAACAUCCCAACAUCGCCAAUUGAGUCAGCGCGACAAUCUCUUCUUGGAUACAACGAGUCCAGCGUCGGAUCCCCCGUCAGGGAGAAGUAUUCAGACCGAUUCGGUAAACUCGCGCCUUUGGUGGAUGCCUUGGGUGAACCCGUUUUCCUGCCAACCUCGAAAUUGCGCCGGGCUCCAUCAAAACCAACUAAUAUGAGCAAGUCAAAGUUAUUUGCAGCUUCUCAAAAGGAAGCACUUCGGCUUUCAAUGUGUGAGGUGGUGGAUACGGAGGAGAGAUAUGUUCAUAAGAUGUACGACCUUGUCCAUAACGUUGCGCAGGAGUUUUGCCAAAAGGCAAGGGCAAAACCACCAACGAGCACGAGCCCGGAUGAAUCAACGUUGGCCAAGCUGUUUCCACCUUGUCUAAAUGAAAUACUCGAGGUGAAUAUGGGAUUCUUGGAUGCCAUACGCCUUGUCCUUGAACAAACAGAGAAGGAUGCCCUAGAAGACCUAUCGCAAGAUACCAUGCUUGACCCGUCCGUCUUCCCCCGUGACCCUACUACUGGCCGAAGAAAAGACCCUUUAGGUGCCAUUGCUUUUGCACAGUGCUUGCUUGACUGGCUUCCGCGUUUUUCCAAGCCGUAUGGACAAUACAUGCAUGCCCAUACGGGGUUCUACUCUCUUCUAAAUUCUUUUCUGGGCGAUCAGAACUCCUCUUUCUCCAAGCGAGUCUAUGAAACCGGAGAACAGCGAAUGCGCUCAUUGCUUAUGGAACCCAUUCAGCGUCUCCCACGGUAUAGCCUUCUAAUUGAUACUAUGACCGGCUCUCUUCCAUCAAUGCACCCUGCAGUGAGGGCAUUGCUUAAGGCUCGUGACACCAUCACCGAAAUAUGCUCCCUAGAUUCAUAUUCAGCCUCAGAUCACUCUCAGACUUUAAUACACUUGCAGAAGAUAGUUCAAGAGUGGCCAGAGUCUGUGGCACCGGCUGGGCGUCUAAUCACUGCUGCCGAUGUGUAUACCCUACUACCACCUUUCCGGUCAGGCUCUUCCGGAUCAAGAGGUCAGCCAGGCAUACUCUUACUCUUCGCCGAUUGCUUAGUCUUUCUAUCUAAGCACCCCGAGAGCAAGUGGACUGCCCGUGGCUUAUGCGCCGAUCUCGAUAAACCUAGAGUGGGCACGGAAGCGGAUGCAGCGGGUCCUGCCGCUCCCCUAGAGCUUACCUUUUGCCAGUCCCUACCAACUACCAGUGUUCGGUGCUCACAAUCUAAGUGUGGCCGUAUCUUGUAUCUUGUCCCAGCUGAGAAUUUUGUUCAGCAUGAACACUCACGUUCAAAAAAUAUCAUUCUCACCCUUGAACUUACUUCGACCUAUGAAGCCAAGGCAACAAAACUGAUUGAAGAAAUCACCAAAGCCAGGAUUGAAGGGAGGUUCCCAGAACAGUAUAGAGAACGUGGGAAGUGGUCACUCCAUAACGCAAGAGGGGCGUUUGGCAAUUUGGGUGCCCUCAUUUGUGUUUUUGAACAAGAUGGAACCGAACCUGAUAUUCCUAAAUUUCCUUCCAGUGUGAAAUUGAUCGUGGACGCUACAGCAACGACUUUGACAGAUCAGUUGAAUUCAGGCCAGAUAGAAGUGGUUGCAUCGAUCUCCCCAGUGUUAGGAGGCUCUAGAUUUAAGAUGGAAUUAGAUUCCGUUGUCGGCGCUCCAUCUAGCGAUACCUUUUCCGCGAGUGAUUUUACAGCUACCCUGUCUAAACGAAUUACGGCAUUGCUACGUCCGCUAUCUCAGCCCCAAAACCCAUUACUUACUGGGAAUAUCCUCCAAAACAAUUUCAAUAUUUUACGCAUUGUUGCUCAACAUAUCUUGGGCGUUUCAAAAGGGUCUAAGGCGUUUCGGCCACCAUCUCCAACGAAAUUGCUGUCAAACCUUUGGGGUGCUGGACAUCCCAAGUCCCUGGGACACACACCCUCUAAAUCCCUUCCAUCGCUACCAGUACUAACCCACACCGUCCCGACCCUUCAGCCCCAAACGUCUAACAUCAGCUUAGACGAUGCUGUUCCACCAAAAACUUCGCAUGGGGGAAUUAGUAUUUCUGACGGAGCUGCGAGCCCGUUGGAGCAACUGGAGAAAACAUUCACUGCCUACACGCUUGCAAUCCGUUCCAGGAGUGGAAACAUUGUUGGUCGGAUACUGCGAUCACGGGACCGCGUCGAUGCUGCGGCUGUCAAUGAGCUUUACAACGUUCUUUUAGAGGAUCCCAGUCAACUUCAAGCCGCAGCAGAGGCCCCAGUUGACAUGCUCAUCGUCGCAUUUGAAAACUUCCUUGAAAAGGCGUGGAAGGAAAAGUUCGGCCCUAUAAUAUCUCAAACGUCCCUAUUAAUUUUACUGGCUAAGUUCGAUGCGUUAUUCCCGGGGGAUUUCGAAGAUUAUUUUCAUGGCUUCCUGUCCGAGAUAAGUCCGCAAUCUCGCCGUGCACUUACAGCAUUAAUAAAACUUCUUGCACAGUUGCUCAAUGACUCCGGAAACGAUGGGGAUAGAGGUGCGUUGACGGAUGUUUUCUCCGAAAUCAUUACCGAGGACGGUGAUGCAAGGAAAACAAUACCUCUUCUUGAUAGACUCGUGGAAGACUUCGAAAGAUUAUUUGACGAAUUUGGACCUAUCGUACCACCCGACGGGGCUUUAGUCAACGAAGUGAAUCGUGGCCUGCUCGCGCCUGGAUCAAUAGGUUCAAAUGCCUCCUCAUUCCGUAAGCGGUUUGGGUUUGGGCUAAGUCGAGAAAAUAGUAUAAAGGAUGGGGAGGGCAAAGUCAGCUCUAUUAUCCGGUCUUUAAGCAAAUCAAAAGGAAAUUCAGAGACUGACCUUUCGCUUUCCAAAAACUCGCUCAUGCGGUCCAGAUCAACAGACACAGAUAGUCGCUUACACAGUCUCCUAAGGCCCCGCUCAAGGGAUCGACCCCUUAUGCAGACAAUAUUCGCCCAAGACGAAGACCUUCGGCCGACUAGUUCAAAUAGCAACACACAGACUUCUCUCGCCUCUAUUGGCGAGCAUCAUGUUGUGGAAAGAAACGUUCCCCCAAGAAAAAAGAGGAGAAGCUCGCUCUCAGAUCUGAAGCAGCUAUCUACAGCGGAUGUAGCACCCCUUUUUGCUAACAGAGAGUUCAAAAAGCCAUCAAACAUCACUAUCACACCAUCUACUCUCCCUGAGCCUGCAACACCGCCCGCUAAACCCUCGGGACUACCUAAUCCCAGUGCGCAACAAACUCCGAUUCAGAAUACUCCACCAACUCGAAUUGCAUCGCCUGUGCGCCAAAUAGCUGCAACCCUUAAGGAAAAUGUCCCUCCUCCUUCGCCUAGGACGACACUCGCGGAUCGCCCAGCGAAUAGAAGGCCGCAUGCCUCAACGAUAUCUAUGCCACUUCGGAGGAGAGCAGAUAGUACGCGAGCCGGAACUCCAUCAAAGAUUGCAGGACCGCGAGAAAAGCCUCCACGGCCAAGUAGUAGUGAUGGCUAUGGGCGCGGGCUUCGUUCACAUGCGGCUUCUCCGCCCAAAACACAAAAAUUACGGAUGCAAACCCCACAAAAGCUACGUGAGCGCGUUCUAAACGAAAGAAAAGCCAUGGCUUCUGCCGAGUCUUCCUUGCAAGCAGAACUCGCAUCAGUCACUGAGGAGCUAUCCUCCAACACGUCCCCCUCUAGAAGACGGCCAUUAUCUUCCGCAGGCUCUCGGCCUAUUACAUCUCCUACUACCGCUACGUCGCCCAAUGCCCUCCUUCAACGAGUUCGCACCCUCGAAAGCAAACUCUCUGCCAUGACCUCAAACCUUGGUGCUAGAGCAACAUCCCUUGAAAAUGACCUUGAGAAUUCACUUCUUGUCUCCGAAAAGCGUGCACGAAAACUUGAUGAGCUUUACCGCGAAGCUGGCAAGGAAAAUGAAGCUCUAUAUGAACGAUUCAAUAAUGAAUUAAGCAAGAUGGCUAAGGAUAUCCGGCUUGGUGCUGGGGAGGAAGCUCUUAAAAAUCAACUAAAAGAUGCACUCGAUGAGGUGGCGCGGGUGAAGAAGGAAAACAUGAGGUUAAAAAGAGAAAUAAGUGGAUUGAAGGCGCAGCAAAUUAGUGAGCCCUCCGGGCUUGACAAGUGA